AUGAAAUCAGAUAACAGCGCCUGGCAAAUGUCAAAAAUUGUAGAUCGUCGUAGAGAUUUUCUGGACAUCGCUGAUUCUUUCCCAAUAACAAUCCCUGACGCCGUAGCCUCAGCACUAGCAAGCGAUGUCGAGUACCGAAUACACCAAGUCAUCGAGGAAGCAGCCCGCUUCAUGCGUCACGGCCGACGCACAACGAUGUCCACAUCCGACAUCGACCAAGCCUUCCGCGUCCUCAACAUCGAGCCUCUCUACGGACACACACCCCACAACCCACACACCUUCCGCCGCGCCCUCCCCUUCCCCCAAGUCCCCGCAGCAGGCCCAGUCUACUUCGUCGAAGACGAAGAAAUCGAUUUCGACCGCGUCCUCAAGGAGGAAAAAAUAGCACUGCCGAAAGGGGUCAGUUGGACGGCGCAUUGGCUUGCGGUGGAGGGCGUGCAGCCGCUUAUACCCGAGAACCCACCCGCGAUACCGAGAGAGACUGUGGAUGCUGAUGGAACAAAGGGGGAGAGCCUGACCAAGUUGAAUGGGACGGGGUUGUUGCCUACACCGACGACGGCUCCGCAGCAGGGCGCCAAGGCGGCUCCUGGGCAGCAGCAGCAGCUCGUGAAGCAGGUGUUGUCGCGCGAACUCCAGCUCUACUACGCCCGCCUCACUUCGUCGCUCCUCCCUCCGUCUUUGGAUCUCACGAAACGGACGGCAGCGCUGGCCAGUCUGCGGCACGAUGCGGGGUUACAGGCACUGUUACCUUACCUCGUGAGGUGGGUUGGAGAAGGCGUCGUCGGCACUUUAAAAGAAGGCUCGCAAAGCGAGACUGACGGGCGCGUCUUGGAAGUUCUAUUAGACGUGACAAGCGCAUUGAUAGAGAACAACACCCUCUUCAUCGAACCAUACCUACACCAAAUCUUCCCCCCAACCCUCUCCAUCCUCCUGCACUCCUCCCUCCCCCUCAGCCACGCAACCCUCCUCAGAACCUCCGCCUCCCAAACCCUCUCCCGCCUCCUAACCCAACACUCAACAACCUACCCCUCCCUCUCCCCCCGCAUAAUGAAAACCCUCCUCCUCGCACUCAUCUCCCCGGGGAAAAGCAAAGGAACAAGGGAAGGCGCCAUCCGUGGGCUCCUUGGCGUCGGGAAAGAAGCGGUGCGGAAGGGGUUGGUGGAAGGUGGUGGUGCGAAAGUCGUUGGUGCUGAAUGUCAGGGGAAUAAUAGCGAGAGCGGGGCGCUUGUGGGUUCGGUUAUGGAUGCGUUGAGGGUGUUGCAGCCGCUUUCGGAUAUGUCGGAUUCGUUGGACUUGGAUGGGACGAAUGAGGCGGAUGUGGGUGUUAUGGAGAAACUUACCGAGGUGCUGGGACCUUUCUUUGCGAAACGGGUUGCUGGGGAUGCUGCGUGGGCACGGGAGAUUGUGGGUAUCACCAAGGCGUCGUGAUUGUCCUCCACGUUGUAACUUGUAUCAAUAGUGUUUUUUUUUUUUGCUAAUAAUUACAUUCUACGGCAUCAUCAUGAUCAUCUAAAGCAUUGCUUUUUUUCUCUCUACCACACUUCACUCCAUAUCGCAUAUAAAACGUACAACCCAAGCGUCCCAGCCACUACGCGCGUUAUGAGAAGCGAGAGAUGGUUCGUCGUCCACGUGUUGAACGUUGCUGUUGCUGCUUCUACGGAAGCAAACAGCUUUUCUCUGCUCUCCAUGAAAUGUUCGUGUAGGGAGUCGUAUUGGUCCUCCACCGCGCCUGGAAGUAACCCAUGCGAAACGAAACUAAGGUUAAACAGCAACAAAACCCCAAUCUCGUAUAUCAGUAAAAGCGGGAGGAGCACGAUGAUGGGACCGAAGAAUAUGGAGAGGCUGAUUAGGUAUAUGGAGUGUGGGUGCGCGUGUACUGUUCAACUUCAGAACGCAAGAGGGAGGGGAAGGAGGAAGGGAAGGGGACGAACGGAAA